GUAAUCUGCUGCCGCCGCCGCUGCAACUUCUGUCGGGGCUCAGGUGACCUCCGGCUUCGAUGCCCUAGUCCAGGCCCCGGGGCCGGACCCCGCUGGGCGCCCCUCGGCCUCGCCGAGAGUCAUGAGGGCCCGCGGGGCGCUGCAGGUGCUGGGCUUGCUUCUCAGCCUGGCCCGGGGCUCCGAGGUGGGCAGCUCGCAGGCAGACCUCUCAUUCCUGCAGUGGAUCCGCGAGGUGACGGGCUACGUGCUCGUGGCCAUGAAUGAGUUCUCCACACUGCCGCUGCCCAACCUGCGAGUGGUGCGGGGGACCCAGGUCUACAAUGGGAAGUUUGCCGUCUUUGUCAUGUUGAACUACAACACCAACUCCAGCCAUGCUCUGCGUCAGCUCCGUUUCACUCAGCUCACCGAAAUCCUAUCAGGAGGUGUUUACAUCGAGAGGAACGAGAAGCUCUGUCACACGGACACAAUUGACUGGAAGGACAUCGUGAGGAACCGCGAUGCUGAGAUAGUGGUGAAGGACAACAGCAAGACCUGUCCCCCUUGUCAUGAGGCCUGCCAGGGACGAUGCUGGGGUCCAGGACCAGAAGACUGUCAGACAUUGACCAAGACCAUCUGUGCCCCCCAGUGUAAUGGGCACUGCUUUGGGCCCAACCCCAACCAGUGUUGCCAUGAUGAGUGUGCGGGGGGCUGCUCCGGCCCUCAGGACACAGACUGCUUUGCCUGCCUGCACUUCAACGACAGCGGCGCCUGUGUGCUGCAGUGCCCGCAGCCCCUGGUCUACAACAAGCUCACCUUCCAGCUGGAGCCCAACCCCUUCACCAAGUACCAGUACGGAAGUGUCUGUGUAGCCAGCUGUCCCCACAACUUUGUGGUCGAUCAGACUUCUUGUGUCAGAGCUUGUCCUGCAGACAAGAGGGAAGACAGCCGCCUCAAGAUGUGUGAGCCUUGUGGGGGCUUGUGUCCCAAAGCCUGCGAGGGAACAGGCUCCGGGAGCCGCUUCCAGACCGUGGACUCAAGCAACAUCGAUACCUUUGUGAACUGCACCAAGAUCCUGGGCAACCUGGACUUCCUCAUCACAGGCCUCAAUGGAGACCCCUGGCACAAGAUCCCCGCCUUGGACCCCGAGAAACUCAACGUCUUCCGGACAGUACGGGAGAUCACAGGUUACCUCAACAUCCAGUCCUGGCCUUCCCAUAUGCACAACCUCAGUGUCUUUUCCAACCUCACGACCAUCGAGGGCAGAAGCCUCUACAACCGGGGCUUCUCCUUGUUGAUCAUGAAGAACUUGAACAUCACGUCUCUGGGCCUUCGGUCCCUGAAGGAGAUUAGUGCCGGCCGUGUCUACAUAAGUGCCAACCCCAAGGCCCACACUGGGGCCCAGGUCAUGCUAAAUGACAGGGUUGGGCCUUGCUGGGAGGAAUGGGAUUGCCCAGCGGGCGCCGGUCUCUCUGACCCUCUCUUUUCCACCCAGGGCUCUGAGGCUUGCACCAAGUGUGCCCAUUUUUGGGAUGGGCUCCACUGUGUGAGCAGCUGUCCCCAUGGAGUACUAGGCGCCAAGGGUCCCAUCUACAAGUACCCGGAUGCUCAGCAUGAAUGCCGACCCUGCCAUGAGAACUGCACCCAAGGGUGUAAGGGACCAGACCUACAAGAUUGCUUAGGCCAAACACAGGCGCUGAUCAGCAAAACCCAUCUGGCAAUGGCUUUGGCGUUGGUGGUAGGAUUUACUAUGACUUCCCUGAUCCUGGCUGGCACUUUCCUCUACUGGCGUGGGCGCAGGAUCCAGAAUAAAAGGGCCAUGAGGCGCUACUUGGAGCGUGGUGAAAGUAUAGAGCCUCUGGAUCCCAGAGAGAAGGCCAACAAGGUCUUGGCCAGAAUCUUCAAAGAGACAGAGCUGCGGAAGCUCAAAGUGCUUGGUUCCGGUGUCUUUGGAACAGUGCACAAGGCGAGUGCUGGCCCGCCAGAAGAAUACCGCCCUACUUCGGUACAGGGCGGGGUGUGUACAUCUGUGCGAACGUAAGUAGACCUGUUUGUUCACUGGACGAUCCCGCUUCCUUCUCAGCAUAUGUUGGCCAUUGGCAGCCUCGACCAUGCCCACAUUGUACGCCUGCUGGGACUGUGCCCGGGCUCAUCUCUGCAGCUCGUCACUCAACAUUUACCUCUGGGUUCUCUGCUGGAUCAUGUGAGACAACAUCGGGGGGCCCUGGGACCACAACUGCUGCUCAACUGGGGCGUCCAGAUUGCCAAGGGCAUGUACUACCUCGAAGAACAUGGCAUGGUGCACAGGAAUCUGGCUGCUCGCAAUGUGCUGCUCAAGUCCCCCAGUCAGGUGCAAGUGGCAGAUUUCGGGGUGGCUGACCUGCUGCCACCUGAUGAUAAGCAGCUCCUACACAGUGAGGCCAAGACUCCAAUUAAGUGGAUGGCCCUGGAGAGUAUCCACUUUGGGAAAUACACACACCAGAGUGACGUCUGGAGCUAUGGCGUGACCGUUUGGGAACUGAUGACCUUCGGGGCGGAGCCUUACGCAGGGCUGCGGCUGGCUGAAGUACCAGACCUGCUGGAGAAGGGGGAGCGACUGGCACAGCCCCAGAUCUGCACCAUUGACGUCUACAUGGUCAUGGUUAAGUGUUGGAUGAUUGAUGAGAACAUCCGCCCCACCUUUAAAGAACUAGCCAAUGAGUUCACCAGGAUGGCCCGAGACCCACCUCGUUACCUGGUCAUAAAGAGAGAGAGCGGGCCUGGGCUCACGUCUGGGGCAGGCUCCGUGGCUCUGAGAAACAAGGAACUGGAAGAAGUGGAGUUGGAGCCAGAACUAGACCUGGAUCUGGACUUGGAGGCAGAGGACAACCCGGCGAGCACCCUGGACUCUGCUCUCACCCUGCCGCUGGGCACGCUUACUCGACCACGUGGGAGCCAGAGUCUCCGAAGCCCAUCAUCUGGAUAUAUGCCCAUGAACCAGAGUAACCUAGGGGAGGCUUACCAGGAAUCUGCAGUGGGUGAGGGUAGUGAACGGUGCCCACGACCAGCCUCCCUGCACCCAGUGCCUCGGCGACACCUGACAUCCGAGUCAUCGGAGGGCCACGCGACCGGCUCUGAGGCUGAGCUCCAGGAAAGGGUGUCCAUGUAUCGGAGCCGGAGCCGGAGCCCGCAGCCCCGGGGGGACAGCGCCUACCACUCCCAGCGCCACAGCCUGCUCACUCCUGUCACCCCACUCUCCCCACCGGGGCUGGAGGAAGAGGAUGUCAAUGGUUACGUCAUGCCAGAUACUCACCUUAAAGGUACUCCCUCAUCCCGGGAAGGCACCCUGUCCUCGGUGGGCCUCAGCUCUGUCCUGGGUACUGAGGAAGAAGAUGAAGACGAGGAGUACGAAUACAUGAACCGGAGGAGAAGGCACAGCCCACCUCGUCCCCCUAGGCCAAGCUCCCUCGAAGAGCUGGGUUAUGAAUACAUGGAUGUGGGGUCUGACCUCAGUGCCUCCCUGGGCAGCACCCAGAGUUGCCCGCUCCACCCUACGCCCAUCAUGCCCACUGCUGGCACAACUCCAGAUGAAGACUAUGAGUACAUGAACCGGCGCCGUGGUGGAGGAGAUCCGGGUGGGGAUUAUGCGUCUAUGGGUGCCUGCUCGGCAGCUGAGCAAGGCUAUGAAGAGAUGAGAGCUUUCCGGGGGCCUGGAAACCAUGCUCCCCAUGUGCACUAUACGCGUCUCAAAACUCUACGGAGCUUAGAAGCCACUGACUCGGCCUUCGACAACCCUGAUUACUGGCAUAGCAGGCUCCUCCCCAAGGCCAAUGCCCAGAGGACAUAACCUCUGCUCCCAAGACACUUGCUCCGGAAGCAUUUGACGGCAGCUAAUGGCUUUAGAGGGUACCCGUCUUCCCUCUCAACUCUCAGCCCCAUCUCAUCCAUCCUAGACAAUUCCAUUCCACCUACGGAGGCUUUUAAACACCUUUGACACACGAUGAUUUUGAUUUGUA